AUGGGUUGUAAUUUAUCUAAUCCAGAGAAUAAGCAGGCAGCUGAGCAAGAAAUGGUAAUAGUUCCAUUCCUUAGUACACAACCAAGAAUUAUUUCAAGCGAAGAAUAUCAUCAAACUUCUUAUUUUCCAUUUGAAGUAGAAGAAAAGAAAGAAGAGCAGCCUAAGAAGAAGCAGACAUACGAAGAAGGAAUGAUAAAUCAUUCAACACAAGCAAAUGUUUCAGAACCAACAAAAGAACUAUACAAGAAACAAAAAUUCAAUGAAUAUUUCUCACAUAUUGAAGUCAGUACAUUCCAAAAUGUUCCAAUCAUGUCAAUUCAGUCGCAACUCAAUGUCCCAUCCAUGGAAUAUCAACAAGGAGAUUCUCUUAAUAUCAAUGACUAUCAUCAGUUAAUCGACCAAGUUAUACAAGCAGUUAUCCCACCACUCCUCUCAAUGAACCUUACCACAAAACGUGAAUUAACACUUUAA